UCUCGACUGUAGACAGCAUACGCAAUCUGUGUUCAGUAUAGGGUGAAGACUCGUCCAAUUGCGAAAUUAAUACAUGUAUUGUACUGAAAUGUUUUGGUUUGACGUCACUUGUCGUGCAAUUCAUUGUUGUCUAAUCGAGAGCACCGCUUUGGGGGAAAUAUAGAAGGGAGUGCCUUCUCUUUCAGAAAUUCAACUGAACUUGCCUUCACGAACUGAAUGACUUGUUACUGCUCAACAAAUCAGCUCUUGACGUAACUGUUUUUGCCAGACAAGAUCAGGACUUCAUCUGAAUAGCAUAUCUAACAGCAUCAUAGCCAUGAGUAAGGGCAAGAAGCUCCGGAACUACCAAGAAGAACUCGCUCGUCCAGGGAUUCGAGGCUACAACUACAUCAUCUGUGCUCCCACAGGAUCUGGCAAGACGAUGACAGCUGCUUCGUUAUGUCAUCGUAGAAUGGUCGCACUUGAGAAACAAGGGAAACCUUUUAAAGCCGCUUUCAUAGUUCCAACACGUCAUCUGAAAGGUCAACAGCGAGAUGCAUUUUGGGAUUUCUUCCAUCCGAGCUCAGCGGUGGCCGUAACGAAGACGAGCCAGUUCCGAAGGACCUUCGACGAUCCCGGUGUCAAUGUCCUCAUGAUCACGGCUCAGAUCCUGGUCAAUGCCCUAAGUGACGGCAAGUUCAGGUUCCAGGAGGUGUCAAUGCUGGUGUUCGACGAAUGUCACCAUACGACCCUUAACCACCCUUAUAAUGAGAUCAUGAAGAUGUACAUGCAGGAAAAGAAACGAUUAAUUGACGUUCAAAGGAAGACUAAAGGAGCGUGGUUGGUUGGACUGCCCUUUGGAGGCCUGCCCCAAAUUGUUGGUUUGACGGCGUCUCUUGGGACUGGUGGGUCACGUGAUGCAGUUAAACACAUCGUGAAUCUGUGCGCCAAUCUGGACUGCACUGGUAUCAUCACGGUUACAGAUCCUUCCAAUCUUAAAGAACUGGAGGGGAUUAACAGGCCACCCGAGCUGGAUAAAAUAAUACCCACUUCUCCCAGGGCGCCCUCGGAAGUAAGCAUUUGCACAGAGAAGACACUGCAAGGUCUCAUGAGGGCUUUGGAAAAUCGCUUCUUGAUAGGAAAGUCGACCGGUGCUUCCCUCCGACCGUAUGGAUCAAUCGCAUAUGAAACAUGGAUAGGACCAAUAGCAUCCCAAGCAGAAAAGGAGAACAGAUCACUCUAUCCAGCCGCGUCAUACCUUCUAAAGCUGAACAUGGCCCUGCUCACCUACAAUGAUCUACCGGCCAGGUACGUUCUCCAUGCAUUCGAGACAUUCAAGGAACAGAAUAGGGCAGAGUUUGACCUGACCAAGACGGGGAAAGAGUGCAGAGAGAUGUACGAAUCUCGCGUGGCCGAGCUGAAGCAGCUGGUACCCAAGGAGAAUCCUCUGGAAACCCCUAAACUUAAAGAACUUGUUAACAAACUGGAGCGUGUGUACACGGCAAUACCAAAUUCGAGAGGUAUUGUUCUUGCUCGGACACGGUUCGCUACCGUAGCCCUCUUAGACUUCAUCAGCUAUCACUUCUCGUCAUCGAGAUCGGUGAAGAUCCGACCAACUCGAAUCGUCGGUCAGGGCAAAGAGACGGAAGACGCCCAAACCGCUGCCAGGCAAGAGGAUGCGCUCCAUCAAUUCAAAACAGGCGAGGCCAAUCUCCUAAUCGCUACCGAUAUCGUCCAAGAGGGUCUCGAUGUCCCUGCUUGUAAUUUCAUCAUCCGGUAUAACUUCGUCAGCAACGAGAUCGGGACAGUUCAGUCGAAGGGACGAGCUCGGGCUAAAAAUUCGCAGUGUUUCCUGUUAGUAGAAAAAGGUUCCAUAAAUGAGAAAAGAGAACAUGAGAACAGACAGCGAGUAAGAGAUAUGGAUGAAGCCAUUAAAAGGAUCAAUGCAAUGAAUAAAGAAAUAUGGCUUGCUCGAGUUGGAGAAAAACAACUUGCUAUCAUUGCUGAAAAGAAACAAAGCCCCAGAACUUCUACAGUCCCAUCAUCGCCUUCAGCUCGUCGAUCUGCUACCUCAUCAAAUCAUCAGACCCGCUUUCUAUGCAAGCACUGUCGGACGUUCACCCGAUUGGACUUGGACGAUGUGGAAGAGGGCGGUGAGGCGCCGAAUCAUGUCCAACGGGCAGCAAGAAACAUGCUCUCAGAUAGGGCGAGGACUCAAGCCCUGGUGUCACUUUCAAGGAUGUCUGCAGACCAGAGACAUAGACCAGAUUCCUGUCACAACUGUGGGAAACCAAUCACCAGCUGGUGAUCCUCGAUUGAGUGUCAUUUAAACUUGUUAUAAACUAUUGUUGAAAGCUACUGAGCAGUUAAUUAAUUAUCCAAUGAUAAAAUUUGAUAUAGAGGCAUAGCAUUUGUUAUUGAUUAAAAUGAGUUUUAAAAGGGGUAAAGGGCCCUGUUUCCUGAAUGCAAUAGUAAAUGAUUGUAAAAAAUAAUUGAAUAUGAUUUAUUUCCUGAAUAAGGUAUUAAAUUGAAGCAAAAUUAGACAAAUGAUAAUGAAACUUCUUGCCGUUUUUUAUCAAUUUUUUUGUCUGUACAAUAGGCUGAUAAAGAUGAUGCGAAUCCUAAUUCCGGAAAUAAAAACAAUUAUAAUAUACAUAUAAUAUUAAUUAUAAAUAGCCGUAACAGACUUGGUGGCUGAGUGGUUUAAGUGUCUAUCUCAUGUAUGUAAGCUCAUGGUUUCGAAACACGACCGAACUCAUACCAAAGACUCUCAAAGUAGGCCUACCUUCUGCAUUCUCUUGCGUUAAAACUUUCAUGAUGUAGACUUUAGGCAAACAUUGAUACAUCUUACAUUAUACAACGCCAGCUUAUAUAGCUAUUUCAUUAGUAAGAAGCUACACAAUGUAAAUAACACAUUUUCAGAAUUAUUAUGUUGCCGAAUUUUAUAUCCAAAUCGGUUGAUAUAAAACUACUAACUUCUACAUUCUUUUUUAAGGCUUUAUUUCGAAACAACAAUUUAUUGUGUCUGAGCAGAAUGAGUGAUUACAUUCGGCUAAAAUAUUGUACAUUUCCUGAUUCCCAAUCCAAUAAUGGUAUUUAUUUUUCAGCCGGUAAUAUUGUGAUCUCUAUCAUUUUUGUAAAAUCAGAAUAGGUUUAGGAGCUAGGAAAUUAACACACCAAAAUUGUGCUUCUACCACCAACAUUUACACCCACACCGGACUUGAAAUCAACCGUUGACCAACAUCGAUUACUGUUUUCAUUCAUAAUGUUGAUGUUUGUAUAGGAGUGCACUGCUACAAACUGACAAAGUAUAACGUUUAAUACUUAAUAGUACUUCUAUUUUGAAUGGUGGCUAUAUAUUAUACAAGAGGUUUUUCAUACGUGAUAUGGUUGUCGUUAUUUCGUGCUUUCAUUUUAGUACUUUAUAUUUAUCAAUAAUUAUUUCAUUAUAGUUUUUCAUUCAUAAAAUUAUUUAUUUUAUAUAUAAAUGAAGGUCCUGCGUUGGUGGUUGUAUAAAGCAAAAUACUAGAUGAAAGAAACAACCGUCGAGAGACAAGUUUCAAUUAAAUUUUCGCCAAUAGGGCUUCAUCAGAAAAUGUUGAAUUUAUUAAGUCAACAAGCAAGUAUUAUGCUUAUCGUUGUUAAAAUGCCAAUUUUGCUUUUAUAUAGAAACCUCUUUUCGGCCAAUUAUUUCUAUUGUACGGAUUUGUGACCCUUUUUCAUGUUACUUACGCCUCCCCUGCUUGAACCAGUCUGCCCCGACUGCAUAUCCAUUAGGGGUGCGGAGGACCGUUUCAUAAAGCUGUUCGUAAGUUAAGAGCGAUUUUAAGAACGACUGGUGAGACUUUCUUACCCGCUAAACAAUCGCUAAUGAACAUACCAUUGCCACUAGAAAGGAUCACCAGUCUUUCUUAAAGUUGCUCUUAACUUACGAACAGCUUUAUGAAACACCAACCUGGUGUCAACAGAUCUAGACACUCUUUACUCUUUAUUUCACUCAAAUGUAUCAAUGGAGAUGUGUUAACUCAAGAGGCAAAAUGGUAUUCCUUGUAUUUUAAGUUAUACGUUUUUUAGUAAAUGUAUGUAUGUCAUUUUUAAAGGAACAGUUACAUGUAUAUUUGAAAGCAAACAGUAUACUCCAUGACGUCUAAAGUCACUAUAGGCUACCUAGAGCAGCUUAGCUGUCUCCAAAUCCCAAUGACCUUAUGUAGGCCUACAUUACCAAAGACGGGAAAUGAAAAUACAAUAGACUAUAUAUUACAGUACGUAUCAAAAAAAG